AUGCCCGAAAAAUGGAUCGGGCCUGUGGUAACCACCAGUCUCAAAGAGUUAUCCCUCUCAUUCCUCCUUUACGGUGCCCCGUUUACAUUUCCAGAUGAGAUACUCUCGUCGGGUGAAAACCUGACUAAGAUAGAAGUUUUCUCCCCGCUUAGGCGCCAUCCUGUUGUUUGGAUGACAACGAUUACUCCUGUGAUCAACUGUGUGUCCCUACGAGAACUUGAAUUGUUUGGUGUGCGUAUAGGUGAAGAGGCACUCAAUCACAUAUUGUCGUCUUGUAGCUUGCUUGAGACGUUUGUGCUUAUAGAUUCUUGCAAGGGGCUCAAAACCAUCAAGGUUAAAAACCUCCCGUGUCUUUAUGAAUUGACAAUAUCCUCAGAAUAUGAUGAUUAUGAUGGAUAUACUGCUUUGGAAAUCAGUCAUGUCCCAAAUCUUGGCGUGUUUAGCUGCAAUCUAAAUAUAUCUUUUCCAUUCAACGAUUCAAUAUCAUUAGGAAGCAGCAUGACAAAGUUAAGGCUAGGUGGUUAUGGUAUGGAAAGAAGCAACGCGUGUCUGAACAUGAUUGAAUCGGGAUUUCCUUUUCUCGAGAGUUUGACACUUGAUGAUAUGACAUCUUGGAAGUCGGAAAGCUUCCAUUUCACAUGUGCUUCCAUCAAGAGAUUGACCCUAAAGUCAUGCUAUCGCAUACUUACAGACGUACAAGUUCAUGCUCCAAAAUUACAAUUUUUCUGGUUCGAUGGGACCGCAUUGCCUACUCUCUUGUUUCCUGUCUCUAGUACUCUCUUCAAGCAAAUCAUUUCACUCAAUCCAAAACUUCCUGUUGAUGUGUAUUUUUUUCUUAAGAUGAGGGAAGCACUCACGUUAACGCGCAAGUGCGACAUUUAUAUAACAACUUACAACUAUACUACUAUGUUGCCAUUGGAAAUCGACAUGGAUGAUCUAAGAACAAGGCUCCUCAUGUUUCCUCCUGCUAUGAACGUGCAACAUCUGUGGUUUGGAACAGUAAACGAUGAAUGCUUGUGGGAACGAUCCCCAUUUUUUGAUGCAUUUUUUGAGAUUUGCCAUCCCAAGUAUGUAUACGCAAAGCCAGACAUGCACUUGAGACACAACAAUCACUUUUGCAGAGUCAUGCUGAGGGAGGUCUUGGAGAAGAAGACCGGAACAGGAACCCCGUAUUGGCCUCAUUACCUGGAACAUGUUCGAAUAAGAAGGGAUCGUUAUCAAAAGUGGGAAACCCUAACAAAUUCCCACAGAAGCCUUCUGGCUUCUAGUGUCUACAUGAACUUCAAUCUAAAGUGGCGUUAG